UUUCCAAAUGAUCGUGCCGUUUGAUGAGAAACAGUGAACGGAAAUAUUUCAAGAUUGCAGGUCGUCGGGCGAGACUGCGCUUGAAAAUUCCGCGGAACGAAUAGUACAAAAUGAAGCCUUUAAUCGAGUUCGAGGAAUGUUUGCGAGACACGCCAAAGUUUCGAUCAUGCAUCGAGGAUGUGGAGGCAAAUGUUGAUCUACUGGAACAAAAGUUAGACAAGGUAUUGAAAAAUUGUAGCCAAAUGAUUGACACCGGGAAACUUUUUAUAGGACAACAAAGCCAAUUUGCUAAUAGUCUUUGGGAAUUAUCUCUAUACUUUAAUGAUGAUUCAGAGAUAAUGGCCUACCUAAAUAAAUUAAUUCAUGCUUUACAAGAAAUGAACAAGUUUCAUACUAUUUUAAUUGAUCAGGCAUCUAGAACUGUAAUUAAGGAUCUGAAUUCGUUCAUAAAGAGUGACAUUAAAAGAGUAAAAGAAUCUCGUCAUUACUUCGAAAAAAUAUCUGCGGACUUAGAUUUAGCUUUAAAUAAAAAUUCCCAAGUUCCAAAGACCAGACCUGCAGAAUACGAGGAGACUUCCAAUAUUUUGUCCGCCACACGGUCAUGUUUUCGACACACGGCUCUGGACUAUAUUCAUUCGUUAACGAUGAUACAGGCACGCAAGCGGCACGAGAUACUGAGCACACUACUUAAUUACAUGCACGCCUGUAUUACAUACUACCAUCAAGGCAGCGAUUUGGCGCAAGACCUGGAUCCAUUUCUAAAAGAUCUUGGAGAGAACCUAGUUACAAUGAGGGUUGAUUCCGUGAAGCUUGAAAAGGAAAUGGAAAAUCGGCAUAUUUAUGUUACGAAUAGAGACUUACUACCCUCUCCAACACCUGGUAAUCCCAGAAUGGAAGGCUAUCUUUUUAAGCGGACUAGCAAUGCAUUCAAAACAUGGAACAGAAGGUGGUUCUGUUUAAAAGAUCAACAACUGGUUUACAGAAAACGAACGGGCGAUAAUGAUUAUACGGUCAUGGAAGAGGAUCUUCGUCUUUGUACUGUAAAACCAGUGGUAGACUGUGAUAGAAGAAACUGUUUCGAAGUAUUAAGUCCUACAAAAAGUCACAUUUUGCAAGCUGACAGUGAAGAAGCAUACUUAGCAUGGGUAACUGCCAUGCAGCAAGCUAUUGGUGCUGCUAUUCAAAGAGGCAUGCGUACUCUUGUUAGUGUUAGAGAAUUGCAAUUUCAGAAUAUUAGAGGAUCAGGUAGACAGUCAAAACCUAAAUCAAGGGUCUGGGAACAACUCUUAAAAAUUUCUGGAAAUGAUACCUGCUGUGAUUGUGGUGGUGCUAAUCCAAGGUGGGCCAGUAUCAACCUUGGAAUCACGCUCUGCAUAGAGUGUUCUGGGGUUCACAGAAGUUUAGGUGUUCAUUAUAGCAAAGUACGUUCCCUCACGUUGGAUGACUGGGAGCCUGAGAUAUUGAAAGUAAUGGCAGAACUAGGGAAUACCGUAGUAAAUAACGUCUAUGAGGCACUGCCCAUUCCCUCUGAUAUUGUUAGAGCAACACCAAAAUGCCAUGGUAAUAUACGCGAGGCUUGGAUAAGAGCGAAGUACGUAGACCGUAAGUUUGUGAAGCCAUUGAGUAACAUGAUAUCGUCCGGACAACACGCGAGUCACGACAAAAUACACUUCCGCAAGUGGAGCGUUCGCAAGCUGCGUCGCAGGCCGCGGAGUUGCGACAAAAUCGACAGUGCGAAUCGUAACAAAACAGAAACGUUAUCUUCGGUGAAAGAAGGCCCAAACUCAACGAGUUCAGAUGACAGCAAGCACACGUCGAUCGAAAGCCUGAGUUCCGUGGACAAGGCGAAGAAAACGGAAAGAAGUUCCUUAAGCUCCAACGACAGCGCGAAUCUAGAUCUCAAGAAUGAUUCCACGUUGUACGGAAAGAUAUUAGCGCGACCUCUUAGCGAGAUAAGCGAGACUAAAGGCGACGAUAGCAACGUUGUAAACGAACGUAAGCUCGAUGCUCCAGAAGCAGAUGACAAUACAAUAUCCAACUCUGAGAAUAGUUUAUCACUGAAAAGCGAAGAAGUGUCCUUAACCGCGGAGAUUUCCGACGUCAAAGAUGUCUUAGAGAAUAAGGAUAUCGGGACCGAGAAGCAGUGUACAAAAAGAAUGGACUCCGACGUGCUGAUGUUCGGUUGCGAUUUACCAAAGCCAACGAUCGAUAAUAGCUUAGAGUUAAGUUCGGAUCAGGACUCGACUGCCGGCGAGGACGAAGAGUUCACGGACGAGGAGGAUAUCGAGAAUCUACAUCCGGAGAUGCUGCUUUACAAAGCCGCGGCUGCGCACAAUCUUCCUGUGAUGUGUGCAGCUUUGGCAGCCGGGGCUGACAAGUGCUGGUCAAAUGUUAACGACAGAGGACGCAACGCUUUGCAUCAAGCGAUUAUAAGUGGAUCCGUGAUGUCCUGUGAGUAUCUCAUUCUAAAUGGGGCACGAAUCAAUUGCCAGGACAGUGACGGAAAGACACCGUUGUAUUUGGCCACGGAAUUAGGCCAUACAGCGCAAGUGUGCUUGCUACUAAAGCAUCGUGCAGACCAGCACAUUCAGGACGAAAGUGGUGUAAAACCUCUGUCAAUAGCUGUGAAAGAAGCCAACGCAGAUAUUGUUACUUUAUUACGUCUCGGUCUUCUAAACGAGGAAAUGAAGGAUUCAGAAAUCGGGAUCAGCGGUGACGAAACAUUCAACGACGUUGUCCGGGACUUCAGCCAAUUAGCUUGCUCCCACCCAGAACGGCUACAACGAAGAAAUGAAAGUAACAGCGUGUCACAACCGCCUGAAUGAGGUUUAAGGACGCGCAAGUCUUAUUUGCAGAAUGUAAAAAGCUUGCUGCAACGCAAAGAGAAGAAGGAGAAGAACACAUCGAAAAUGUCGUCUUUCAGUUCCUUGCAGGGUAAUAAAAAUGAUUAAUGGAGUUUAUUUAAUUAUGUGAAGAACGGACUUGACGUUCUGUGUGGUAUAGUAAUGACGAGAGAGAAAGGAAGCCAAGGUUUGUUAAAAAAGAAAUUCCCUUUGUACCGUUUCAUCUCUGGGCGACAGAAGAAUAAUUUAAUAUCUUGUUGGUUUCCUUUCUUUUCUUCGUAUUUAAAGGAA